UUUGUAAUAUGUCAAAUCAAAACUUUAAGGUUAUGUUGUGAUAGUUAAGUACACGAUGUUAUUUGUUGUUGAAAGAAAUGAUUAAGUUUAAAAAGAUAAAAUAAAAUAAAUAAUGCAAAACGACAACAAAAUGUGGCGUCGAUAUUUAAUGUGGUUCGCCCAUGAGCAUUUAGAUUUCCGUCAUGCGGAAAUGCAUAGUAUAAUAUCACUUUUCAAAAUACCAGUAAAGUUUAUAGAGCAGCCGACUAUUAGGAAGCCUUAUUGGAUUGUCGAACUACCGUCUGAAGAUUAUGUUAAAAAAAUUGCUUCGAGAUCAGUGUUGAUCAAAAAUUGUAUAGAACUAUGGUCUAUGGCAAAAACCGAAGCGCAGUUACAUUCAAACUUAAGAAAUUCCCUCAAAAACUCAACAGGGAGUUGGGUGGUUGGUGAAAAUGGUGUUAGUGGAAGCUGUGAUACACAUUUAUGUCCUAAAGAACUAAUAGAAGCGUGUUGUUCUCCUAAGAAAUCUUUUAAAGUAGAAGUCGAAACUUUCUGCAAACAUUUUACUUUAAAAGAAAAAGUUCAGAAAAUUGAGUCAUUUGAGUACUUACCUCUAGAAGGGCCGGUGAAGCUAAACAAACCUGAUAUAACCCUAGCUUACCUGGAGUUCUAUGGUGAUGACCCCAACAAUGUGCCUGAUCAACCAUAUGAUGUCUUCUUUGGAAAAUGGAUAGUAGACGGGCAGCGCGACCUCAUCCAGUACCACUCGCUGAAGAAGCGGCACUUCAUAGGCAACACUAGUAUGGACGCGCAGCUCUCCCUGCUCAUGUCUAACCAGGCGCAAGUGAAGACGGGAGACAUUGUACUCGACCCCUUUGUUGGGUCGGGAUCUCUGCUGGUGUCUGCUGCUCAUUUUGGAGCUUACGUGUGGGGCUCCGACAUCGACUUCAUGAUGCUGCACGGGCGCACGCGGCCAACUCGAGUCGGACAAAAGAUGCGUGCCAAAGAGGAGAGCGUUAGGGGUAACAUGAGGCAAUACGGAACUGAAUCUUCUUACCUAGACGUGUUAGUGAGUGAUUUCUCACUACCGUUAUGGAAACAAGGAUUCAAGUUCGACGCAAUUGUCACGGAUCCGCCCUACGGCGUCAGAGAGCCCACAGAGAAGAUAGGCAUCGAGCGUGAUAACUACAAGCUCUCCGACGAGCACCUGGUCAACCACAUCCCCUCGAAGGUGGAGUACGGGCUGCAGCAGCUGUACGGAGACCUGCUGAACUUUGCCGCGACACAUCUCGAGAUCGGAAGGAGAUUGGUCUGCUGGUAUCCGCUUGUUAGGGAAGAUUACCAUGAAGACCAGUUACCGUCGCACCCGUGCCUGUCGCUCGUGGCCAACUCCGAGCAGGUGUUGUCCAAGCUGACGGCGCGGAGACUGCUGACCUACGAGAAGGUGCAUGACGACGUGCCCAGCCAGCCGCUCGAUACUAACGGGGGGUCGCAUAACUUUAGAGAAAAAUAUUUCGCAAUGGGUGAAAUGACAAGGCGAGAGAAGAAAGAGAGGAAAUCGGAAGAAAUGGCGGCGUAUGCGCUCUACAAGAUGGCCGCCAAGAAAGACGUCACGUGACGUGUGACACUGUGUUGUAGGCAAUAAGUAGAGUAUAUGAUACAGAAAUAUAAAAAAGAUAUCAG